AUGGCUCCAAGGACUAAAACUUCAUUACCAGAACAAACUGGAACCCUGCGGCAUAUUACCCAUCCUCAUGUCCUUACCAAGCAAGCUUUCGAAGAUAUAGAAAGCGAGGGUUAUGAUAAUGAUGAGUUUGCAUGUGAUGGAUGCAGCGCUGUAGGUUCUGGUGCUAGAUACCAUUGCAAGCAAUGCAGUUUCGAUCUCCACGAGGCUUGUGGUACAUGUCCUGAAUUUCACACCUCUUUCAUUCACCCUAACCAUCCGUUGGAACUGAUAUGGGAGGGAGCCGGGAAUGAUCACGGUCAGUUGCGUCUUUGCAGUGUCUGUGGUGAUAAAGUCAAAGGCCUCUUCUACAAAUGCUCAUCUGGUGCUUCUGAAGACCAAUUGGAUGACGGCGGGAGCCAUAAUUUCUUCAUCCACCCUACAUGCUCCAAAUUUCAACCUCAACUGAACCAUGCAAUCGAUGAAAACCACCCGCUCAGGCUUCAAUCGGUUCCGGCCAUUCCUGAUGCAUGGUGUGCAAUCUGCAAAAGCCUUGUUUCUUCCUCUUCGUGGAGUUACAGAUGUGAUCCAUGUGAUUUGAAUAUCCAUCCCCAUUGUGUGACUCUUCCAUAUAACAAUUCUCAGCAGCAGGGAAAGAACUACGAAUUUCUUAGUUCUGCCACUGCUCAGCAGGUUAGGCCUAGCAAUUCAUCCCGACAAGCAGCGGAUAGUUCAUCGCAACGACAAGUAAUAGCAGAUAGUUCUUCUCAACGACAAGUAGCGGACGAUGAGGCAGAUGCUUCGAAUUCUUCAACAGCAUCUAAGUACGCAGCUAAAAUGACGGCUAAAGCAAGCAAAUUCAUUCGCUCUUCUAAACGGCAAGUAGCAAAAGCUGAUGAAGAUACUAUAGCGGCUGCUAAAUACGCUGCUAAAGCUACCGGCAAAUUUAUUAUCAAACAACUCAUGCAGGGUUCUAAUAUCUAA